AAUUUGUUAGAGUCAGUGAGUUUUCAACAGAAGCAUAAUAAAGAGUUAAGAUUGAGAUUUAGAAGAUACACUUUUAAGAAGUUGUUUUGACAAUGUUAAAGUUGCUAUUAUUAGGCGUAAUUUUAGGGCUGUUGGUUGAAAAUGGUUCGGCUGCGAUGAAUGAAAAACAAGUUAAAGCAGCAGCCAAAUUAGUCAGAAAUUCUUGUCAACCUAAAAUGAAAAUAUCCGAUGAAAUAAUUGAUAAUAUGCAUAAAGGUACAUGGGCAGGAGAUCCAGUCGAAAAGUGUUACAUGCAUUGCUCUCUUGUAAUGUUAAAACUUACUAAUAAAAAAGGCGAAAUGGAUUAUGAUUUAGCCAUUAGCCAAAUUCCAACUCUUCCGGAACCGCGGCAAGCGCCAACCACCGCUUCAGUUACUAAAUGUAAAGAUGAGCCAAUGACAGAUGACAAAUGCGACAAUGCGUGGCGUAUCGCCAAGUGCAUCUACAUGGAUAAUCCCGCAAAUUAUUUCCUGCCCUAAACAAAAUAUUACAUUGAUGAACGUCGAUAAAACGCAAUUUACAUGGAUUUUCUCAUGGAUAACAAAAACUAAUUUAAAUCGCUUAUUAGAGUAUUAAGAAUGUCACUGGUAUUAAUUUAUUAUAUGCAGAAUAAACUGAUUUCAGUUUUAAA